UGAGAGACAGGAUGUGAAACAGGUGGUGAAAGACUGCAGUCGUCCACUGGCUGACAAAAUGCCCAACUUCGCCCUCGAGUCCAAGGUGGCAGCAUUGUAACCAGUUGGUGCUCUGAGACAUAUAAGACCGGUUCGGCCCGAGUGAGUUUCCUGGGGAUUCCCCUGUGGUUUCCAUCAGAGAGCCCCCGGACUGUAAUUCAGGGCCAGCUGGUGCAGCCUGGUAAGUGUUGGCCGUUCCGCGGGGCCCAGGGCUCCAUGACUGUGGCUCUGUCUCACCCUGUCCACGUCACCCACGUUACCAUGGAGCACAUCUCCACCGCCGUCUCUCCCACCGGACACAUAGACACCGCUCCUAAGGACUUCACCGUCUACGGCAUGACUACUGACAGUGAAGAGGGAACCCUGCUCGGGACUUUCAUGUUUAACCAGGCUGGGGAUCCUAUCCAGACAUUUAAACUGCCUAACCCUAACAGUGUGUAUCGCUAUGUGGAGCUCCGUAUCAUCAGCAACUGGGGUCACCAGGACUACACAUGUCUGUAUCGCUUCCGGGUUCACGGCAAGAUGCCUUCUGCGUGAGACAGAUCCUCUGUCCACCCCAACGCCAGUGUGUGUGUCAUCCACCCCAACCCCAGUGUGUGUGUCAUCCAACCCCAGUGUGUGUGUGUG